GCACAGGCUGACAACACUGGCAGUGACCCCGACCUCAACGCUGCUCCUCCCCCGGGCCAGUCGCUGUUUCUCUCUCUCCCGCCGCCAUGGCGAACGUCGCUGGUCGCAAAAAAUCAAUCGCCUCCAACCCCAGCCUUGUCAUCGAGACUCCCAACAACAUCCUCAACAAGGCAGCCUCCCAGUCAACAUCUCUUUAUCAGCAAUGCUCCUCCCUUCGCACCCGUCUCAUGCGCAUCCCCGGCUUUUCCGACUUCUUCGUCCUGUCCUCCCCCACCGGCUCUCUUCGCCAGUCCACCGACCCCGUCACACAACUCUGGGACUGCUUCUCCCUAGGCAUCCCGCUCUGUUUUCUCUUCAACCUACUGCCCGCUGCAAACCCUCCAAUUGCCAUAAAUACCGGUGCCGCUACCUUCGAUGUCACCAACGAGCGCGCAAAGAAGCAUGCCAUCGCGUUGUUUGCCAUGAGGGUCAAACAAGUGCAGAAUUGCGAACAAUUUACUGUUACCGAUCUGUGGGAACGUCACUCGACGGAUGGCCUCGUCAAGGUCGUUAGUACGGUCACUACUGUCGUCGACUUGCUGCCUCCCGAAGCAUUCGAACCCAUACCACUUUCUCCGCCUUUGCUCACUUCACAUGAAUCAAUCGAUUCCCUUAUCAACGACGUUCCAAACACUGCAAUCCCUGCUAAUGCACAGGAAGCUGGCCGCAAUAAUAUUGUGAGAGAGAUUGUGGAAACGGAACGUAAAUAUGUGCAAGACUUGGAAAUCAUGCAGAAAUACGCAACUUCCCUGUCCCACAGCAACACCAUCGAUCAAGACACCAUUCAUCUUCUUUUCCCCGGCUUGAACAAACUCCUGAACUUCCAGAGAAAGUUCCUCAUCCGCCUUGAGGGCACUGCAGAGAUGCCAUGGAAUGACCAGCGCUGGGGUCUCCAUUUCAUCGAAAACGAGGACGAUUUUGCGGUGUACGAACCUUAUUGUGCCAACUACACCAACGCAGUGGAGCUUAUGUUAGCGGAGGAACAAAACCUGCAGGUGCAUAACAACCUCAUUAACGCCAAGUCGGAAUUGCCUGCUUUCCUCAUUAAGCCUGUCCAGAGAAUCUGCAAAUAUCCGCUCUUGCUUGAUUCUUUGGUCAAGGCUUCUUCUCCCAACGAGUAUCCGCACUACGAGGAGCUCCGAGCCGGCUCUGCUGCUGCUAAGCGCAUCGCCGACAAGAUAAACGAAGCUCAACGGCGCGAAGAGAAUCUUCAGACGGUCAAGAACCUCGAAGGACGUGUGAAAGACUGGAAGGGACACCAUUUGUCCAACUUCGGCAAUCUUCUCCUUGACGAUGUAUUCACAGUCACCAAAUCAGACGUCGACCGGGAGUACCACGUUUUCCUUUUCGAAAAGAUAAUCCUUUGCUGCAAGGAGGCUCUCCCACCUCCUCCAAACGGUAAGAAAGCUAGCAAGAACAACUCGAUUUUGAAAAAGCAGUCUGUCCAUUCGCCUACACCUGGCGCCGUACCGAACAAGAAAAAGGACACUCCCCUUCUUCUUAAAGGUCGUAUUUUUUUGAACAACGUGACGAAGGCUGUCUCGUCGUCUCCGAGAUAUUCCACAGCGUCGGCUCUGACGGCAUCGUACUCCCUCGCUGUUUGGUGGAGAGGGGAUGACGACUUGGAGUAUUUCACCCUUCGAUGUCGCUCGGAGGAGCAACUUAAGCAGUGGGAAACCCAAAUCAAUCGCCUCAUUAGGGAAGUGGCAAGCCGGAGGGCUUCAGAGCGCAACCUUGCCCUGAUGGUUUCGCACAACAGCCACAUAUCUGUUCCUGUAUCACUUCCCCAACGUUCGCCGCUUCCUCAUGCCCAUGAUAGGGCUUCUUCCUCCAUGUCGCACUCGACUCUUGCCAGAAAUCUCCCCCUUCACCCGGCUAGUGCUCGUCAUCGUAUCGCACCCCAUUCGAGUGAAGAGCAGGCCUCCGUUGCCUCAUCUUCUGGCUCAUAUUCUAGCGGGGUUAUCCACAGUUACGUAUCUCCGGAUGGAUUUGAGUUUGAUCUGGAGGACGAUCUGGAGGAAUACCCGCUAUUGUCGUCUUCGGGCAGAGGUACACCGUUAGGACCUCGUCGGAUUAAUGCCCGUAGCUGCCAUGCUGAGUGGGAGUCUGGUUCCAGCCAAGACCGUCCACGAACGCAUACAGAUGAUUUCGGUGGACAUACUAUCAAUCAAUGGAAACUACGCAACAUACCUCUCCCACUACCGCCGGGUGCUGCUGCUGCUACCUCACCGGCAUACCCAAUAACACUCCCAGGCAUGGACUCAGGCACGAGCGUAAGCGCAGACAAUAACUUGGUUUUUGUCGCACGACCCCCUCGAGCGCCACUACACCCACAACCUAGUUCUUCACAACUCCGGCCCGCACACGACCAGGGCGACAUAAGGAGCGCGACUCCUUCCCCUUCCGUAACUAGUGGCUCAUUUCCGAUGACUCGAUCUCGUAGCGCUAGUCAGCCCAGUGCCUACGUACCGAAACCUAGUCUCCCACCUGUGCCUUCUAACACGUGGGCGCACCGUCCACAAGGCUCCACCACGGCAGAAAGUAAACGAGGUAGUGGGUCGAGCCAGUCAACUCGCGGGUCGUCUGACGACUCGCCUAACACAUCUCCAAUAACCCCAUUUGGCUCGAGUGAUUCUUCGCUGGGAGGACCUGUCCUUAGGCCAUCUCGCUCGCAGACGUUCGAAAGCGUGAUGACCAACGGCAUGCACGUUGGUUCGCCACCCCCUGUCAAAGUGAAGGUUCACUACAACGAAGACAUCUUCGUCAUCCAUGUCCCAAGAAGUACCGAAUUCCUUGACCUUGUCGACAGAGUCGAGAAGAAGAUACGCCUUUGUGGCCCCCGCCGGGACGAUUGCCCUCUUCGAGUGAAAUACAAAGACGAGGAUGGUGACAUGAUUUCCCUUGGCUCUACCGAGGACGUGCAGAUGGCUUUCGAGUCGUUCCGUCCCGGAGGCCAAGUCAUCCUAUACGUUACAUAGUGUCUCAUUCCCACCUUUUUGCAUGCAUCACUACCCUUGCCGCCUUCCCCUAUAUUGGUUCGACAUGAAUACUUCUGCUCUCGCUUUUGGGACUUAUUAUUACAUGGCAUGCCUUCUUAUUUCCCUUCAUAUGUAUCACCGCCACCUUCGCCUUUGUUUCUCUCUCCUGCAUACCUACCUUUGCGCUGAAGCUUGCCAGCUUUAGUUCCUGGGGGUUAUCCUGCCCGUUCAUUUUGACCUUCCAUUGGUGGCACAAGUUUUUCGUAUUUAAAAGGUGGAACAUUCAUUGGUCAUUGUAACUCAUAGAAUACUACAAUCAUUGCUAUGAGAUCCAUUACACAAAAUACGGUAUAUUUUGUUGUGCCAUUGAUGGGCAUAUGAAGUGAGGUACAAACUGCAAUAACAAGCAGGA